AUGGUGUCUGGGGUGGCGUGGCCGGGCCUGGCCGCCCUUUAUAAUCAUCCUUUUGAAGAUGAUUUACUUGUUUCCAUGGAAACUCUCACUUACAAUACACCUGACGGACCAAAACAAUGGGAGGAAGUGUCAACCAAGAAGCUUAAAAAAUGGAAGAAGGAAGUACUUGAGGUAGCUAUACCUUAUGUUCUUGUAGUGAUUUUAACAGCAACAGUAUGGCAAGAAGUAAAUGAUCAGCAAUCUCCUGAGAACUCCCGUGUGGAUACGUCUGACGUAGAUGAAGAAAGUGAUGCUGAUAUAGUUUCAGUAAGAAGAAAAUUCGAAGACAUUCACUUCCAGAAUCUGUAUGUAGAUGAUGGGAAAAUUCAAGAGAAAGUAAAAGUUCAGGUGGAUGUGAUAGUACAAGAUUAUGCUAGAAAAAUUCCCAAGUGGAUUACGAUAGCACCUCAAGGUUCAUCAGAAGGUCUUCAUUUAGCUUCGCCAGUGCAAGAACUGAUUGGCAACCAAGCCGCUGUUUGCAGAAACAAAGUAGAGCUGUCAAAUGAACGUUCUUCAUCCAGACCUCUACAGUUACAAUUUUCUGGUGUUCCCAUUUCACCAAUUAGAAUAACCAUACCCAGGCAUCGACUUUCUCCAGAACUGAAUAAAACUUGCUAUGAUGGUAUCUUGGAAGAAUACCAGUCUGCAGAUGAGGAAUGCUCCUGGAGCAAUGUAACUCUUGCAGACUUGUAUCCAGCGAUGGUAGAGAUACUUACAAGGCUCAUGACAAAGCAGUCUCGGAGAAAAGAGUUAAAAUACAUGUUUGGACACUUAAGGCAUAAAAGAUGGCGUUCUAGAAGACCAAAGCUCAAUGUCACUGUAGACAAAAUAAGAGGGUUCGGACCUCUUAAACUGAAGCAAGCACUACCCAGCAUAUGCAGCAGUAGAAGUGAAGACAUCCAGAAUCAAACUUUUGGAAAUGAGAACAGAGAACUUUGUGAUGACAAGUGUUCCAUUAAUAAUUUAUCUGGUCUGGCACCUUAUUCUUACAUUGAUACAAAUGAAAUCAAAAUGGACUACUCUGACUCAAGUUUAGAACAUCAUUUGGUAUCUGGAAAAGGCCAAAAAGUCUCCAAGCAGACUGUUUUUCCUAAUGUUAUGGCUAGAAUGGGAGAGACAUUUCUAGUUGAAGAUGAGUUACAGACUACUGUCUCACUGAAGAAUUCGAAAUGCAAAGAAAGUGAGAAGUUGGCUUACAAAUGUUCCUCCAAGUACCGUUUUAUAACAUCUACUGCUAGCUCAGGGUCAACAGCGCUUCAUCUGGUAAAAGAGAGUAAAACUGAAAAAACUGGCUUUCCUUGUGGUGAUACCUCAGAGUUGUGUUCAUCUGCUUGCAGUUCCUAUGGCAAUAGUAACACUUUUACACCUGUCACAAACUGUUGUUCUCUUGCAGGAGCAUCAAAUACUUUGCUCAUAAAUCCUGAAAAAAUAAUUUCUGAAAGACUAAUUUCUUUCCAGCGCAAACACUCAUUUUCCUCGUUCUCUAUGAAGCAGAGUCCUUCAAAAAUGCCCCAGAAAUAUGAAGAUGCAUUUGAAAAACUCUACUACAAACUGCGUUCCAAAGAAAUCCAAAAGCCUUUGACUUUGACAAGACCUCUUUCAAAUUCACAGAACCUUGAAGAGAAAGAAAGAUUAGCGAAGAGUAAUUUAAGUGAUUCUGUGAGGUCUGAUACACAGUAUGAUAGAGAAUUUGACAGGAUCAUGAGCAAUUGUGUAGUGAGGCUGUUCCAAAACUUCCUGGGUUUCAGAGAGCUUCAAAUUUAAGGAAAUACGAAGGAAUACAGAUGUCUGAAACUGUAAAUGCUCUUGUUAACUCACCUGUUCGAACUUUAUCUGCAAUUCCCAGAGUUAAAAGACUAGGAAAUUUUCAAAACGAUCUUCUUUUUUCACCAGUGAAGCGACUGAAAAAUAUACCAGAACGUUAUUUUCCUUCAACAAAAUGUCA